AUGGCUGGCCACCCAGCAGACGAGCUACGGGAAAUCUACAAAGAACUCACUCGCCCAGGCGGCUACAACGUCCUGCAGGCAAACAUCCAGACGAGUUGGCGUCAGAGCGCCACUCUGCGUUCCACUAACGGUACGCCCUCCACAGUCGUGAGUACUUCUACUUCCAAUGUGAGACCGGAUGCCGAAGCCUUAUCUCUGCCUGUGCCCUGCCAUGGGGGGGAUGUGGAGAGGUGCGUUCCGUCUGGGCUCCGUGCGGCAUGUGAGAAGGCGUUUGUAAAAAACCAGCCCACCUUAACGAGCGGGCACAAUUCUCCUAGGGCGAACUUCGUCUCUGUGGGCCUAGUAGAUAGCAGUAGUGUGAGUACGAGAACGAGAAGGAAAACGCCGCCUGCGCAGGCGACGCAACGUCAUAGUAGCGGCCCAGCGAGGAAUAUCUACCCUAGUGACAUGACAAAGCUACAAAUGCCUGGUAUUGAUGGAGUUGAUGCCACAGUUGCCGAGUUAUUUUUGUCCAUGCCGGGGGAACGCCGUUUGGCGUGUUGGUUGUGCGAAACAACGUGCACCGAGCCAGGCUGGUUAAACGCACCUGAAAUUUAUGUGAGUGUAGAGGAGGAGUCUGGCAUAAACGAUCGUCGUUUUCCUGUUACUCUGCUUACCUUGUGCUCACGUUGCAGCGCAGCCUGCGCAUUGCCUGCAGCUGCGCCGCACGAUGCCGUGUUAAGGAAGGCGGGUGCAACACGUGCCUUGGUGCAACGCACCGAAUUGUUUGUCCAAUUCCUGCGAGAAUACAAACUGUUACUGGAGUCGCUUGCUGGGAAUGCAGAAAAGGUGAAAGCCAUGGAUGCGACGGCGCGCGCAGGUGGCACAUAUCCCUCGCUGUGGGAUCUUCCGUCCGAUUUCCGCUUCAGCGUGAUACAAAAACUAACCGAUGCGUUGACUUUUACGUUGGAGGCAGACGCGCUGCAAUCGCGUCGGUGCCAAACGUCCAGCUUGUCGCCACACGAGCGGCUUCUCCUAGAGGGAGAACGCGCACUGCUUCAGCGACAGAUGGCAACUACAGAACCGAAUGGGCAGCUGUCCGUGAGGCUGCCACGCAGUGCGGAUGCACCGCCCAGCCGCCUCUGGACUCCAAGCUUUGCAGAGUUGCCGCUCUCAGCCACCGGGAGCGGCACUCAGCCGCGCGGCCUAUCGCAUGUAUUUCAACACAGACCACAAUAUGACAUGAAGAAACUGGAUCCUUUGCUGCAGAUUCGUUCUACCUUUGCGAAGGCAGAGCAAGGGGGUGGGCAGCAGGAGCCGCAGAAUCGUGUCGUGCAGGGUAGAGAAGCGAGUUUCGGGGCACUCCAACGAAUGGUGGGGCGCGCACUGACUGCACGGUGGCGUCAAGUAGGGGAUGGGGCUGCCUCACUGAAAGCUGGAACGGACGGGCCUGAUGAGACGUACGACAAGAAGGACACACGACUGUUGAACUCUGUAAUGAUGGACGUCACUCCAAACAAUGCUGGAGGUGGGUUAGUACACGACGACCCCGAGAACAUUCUCUUACAUUAUUUUGAGGGAAGGCUGAGUGACCUACCGAAGUUUAAGUUUUUCGCUGUGGAUACCGUGAGUAACGGGGGUAACGAAAGUGGUUCCCUGCGGCCUUUCCGAAACUCACAAAGAACACCGAAGAGACCGUGCGGAGACCUAGAAGAUGCGUCGUCUGAUGUCGUGCUGGUGGCCGCUGAUGUGGCUGCUGCAGCCACAAUGGAUGCGGGGGAGUUGUUGAAGCAAUUACGUGAAGAACAGCGACGCCGUGCGGAAGCGGAAGCAGCGCUGCGUGAAAGUCAUCAGAGGAUUGCCGCACUUGAAAAGGCCACGGAUCAUAUUUCAGGUUUGGCACUGGACUUGAACCACACACUGGGGGAGCACUCGGCCUUGAUGCAGCAAUUCGUGCGCAACGCGACGCAAGGCUGCGUGGACUUCAUGAUGCAGAAGUCACUACUUUUUUCAGAUGAGAUGGCUGCCAUGGUGCGCCAAGCGCAGCGGCAGGCAUACGGCGUGCACGCACGAUUCCCGCGAGCUUACACGUGGGAGGCUGUAGCGGUCGACAGCGAUGUCCCGCCACCCGCACCCGUGAUCUUGCAGGAUAGUGCACACGCGACCUCUGAUGCUGAACCUGCACCUUUUGCGCCCUCUCGCCUACUUCCCCUGUCACUGAAGCUGACGUCGCUUGUGCCUAGCGAUGCCGCAUGCCGCAUUUGA